GGCGCGCAUCGGCAGAUGCAUUCCGCCAUGCGUAGACCGAAUUGUUUCCGCCAUGGUGAUGCCGACGGUAGGAAGUCCGUAGUUCCUUCAUCGUCACCGCCGCAAGUCAAACCGUCUCGGUUGUCGGUUUCGUCGACACCGGUACGGUUGCCAACGUAGUUGUCAACGUCGAAUUCAUCGUCGCCUACUGUCCACUCGAGGUC